UCUUUUUAACCCCUGACAUCGUCCGACGCACACUCAUCAUCGCCUUUUAUUCUCGGGACAGCAAACCGGGGACUUUUAACUCUUAACUCCAUUUAACCAACUUCUGUGUGUGUGUGUGCGUGUGCAUCGGCCAGAUGGAGGACUACCACAAACCAGACCAGCAGACUGUGCAGGCGCUCAGGAACAUCGCCACCCGGCUCCGGAUCAACUCCAUCAAGGCGACAACUGCAGCGGGCAGCGGUCAUCCCACAUCAUGUUGCAGCGUAGCAGAGGUCAUGUCUGUGCUCUUCUUUCAUACCAUGAAGUACCGACCUGAAGACCCCCGCAACCCCAACAACGACCGUUUCAUCCUCUCCAAGGGUCAUGCAGCUCCUGUGUUGUACGCAGUGUGGGCAGAGACCGGAUACCUGAAGGAGAACGAGCUCUUCAACCUGCGCAAGGUCGACUCCAUCCUGGAAGGACACCCGGUGCCGAAGCAGCAGUUUGUGGAUGUGGCCACUGGAUCUCUGGGUCAGGGGCUGGGAGCUGCCUGUGGGAUGGCAUACACCGGGAAGUACUUUGACAAGGCCAGCUAUCGCGUGUUCUGCCUGCUGGGUGACGGAGAGCUGUCCGAGGGCUCAGUCUGGGAGGCCAUGGCUUUCGCCUCCUUCUACCAGCUGGACAACCUGGUGGCCAUCUUGGACAUCAACCGCCUGGGUCAGAGUGAACCGACUCCGCUGCAGCACCAUGUGGAGAAGUACCAGCGGCGCUGUGAGGCCUUUGGGUGGCACGCUGUCAUUGUGGACGGCCACAGUGUGGAGGAGCUGUGUAAGGUGCUGAGUCAGCCCCGCCACCAGCCACUUGCCAUCAUCGCCAAGACCAUCAAGGGCAAGGGCAUGUCAGUGGCUGAGGAUAAGAUGGGCUGGCACGGCAAACCUCUGCCCAAAGACAUGGCCGAGAGCAUGAUCAAAGAGCUGCAGGGCCGCAUCAUCAACUGCAACAAGCGCCUCUAUCCUGCUCCGCCGACCGAGGAUGCGUCAUCCGUCAGCCUCCGCAACAUCCGCAUGCCAAGCGCACCCAGCUACAAAUCUGGAGACAAGAUCGCUACGAGGAAGGCGUACGGCAUGGCUCUGGCCAAGCUGGGUCGCUACAACGAGCAUGUGGUGGCUCUGGACGGAGACACAAAGAACUCCACCUUCUCCGAGCUCUUCAAGAACGAACACCCCAACCGCUACGUGGAGUGUUACAUCGCAGAGCAGAACAUGGUGAGCGUGGCGAUGGGUUGUGCGGUGCGCGACCGCAACGUGGUGUUCGCCAGCACCUUCGCCACCUUCUUCUCUCGAGCCUACGACCAGCUGCGCAUGGCCGCCAUCUCUGAGAGCAACAUCAACCUCUGCGGCUCCCACUGCGGCGUCUCCAUUGGCGAAGACGGACCCUCUCAGAUGGGUCUGGAGGAUCUGGCCAUGUUCAGAGCCAUUCCCACUGCGACCGUCUUCUACCCGAGCGACGGUGUCUCCACUGAGAAGGCCGUGGAGCUCGCAGCCAAUACAAAGGGUUUGUGUUACAUCCGAACAAGUCGCCCAGAGAACAACAUGAUCUAUAACUGCAAUGAAGACUUCCAUGUUGGUCAGGCUAAGGUUGUGUACAAAACCAACGAUGAUCAUGUGACUGUGGUCGGAGCAGGAGUGACCCUUCAUGAGGCUCUGGCUGCUGUUGAGAUGCUGAAGAAAGAGAGAAUCAACAUCCGUGUGAUCGACCCUUUCACCAUCAAACCCCUGGACUCCAAGACCAUCAUUGACAACGCCAGGGCAACCAGAGGACGCAUCAUCACAGUGGAGGACCACUACUAUGAAGUUCCCACCAGAAAAAUGUAUCUGGGUCAAGAUACAGUGAAGCUGAAGCAGCAGGUCUCGCGGGGAACCAGGUGUGAGGAGGCUCUCGGAAAGGCGGUUAACCACAGUAGAAGCAAUAACUUCCCCAUCACAAAGAACUACUUUGAUCUUGUGUCCGAGUUGACUGCAGCAUAA